UCUUUUCACCGCUACGUGGUGAUAGUGUUCCGUUCUGGUUUUACGAUAUUCAUGAUUCGUGAUGUUUGCGUAGGAAUCAAGCGAGUAACAUUCGAUUGAGGUUAAGGUACUUUUCGGAGUGAAUCGUACAUAUAAAAAGUCCAUUUUUCACAAAACAAUAUUAGAUAAUUAUGGCGUCUAAAGUUACUUUUAAAAUAACUCUUACCUCUGAUCCGAAACUCCCAUUUAAAGUACUUAGUGUGCCAGAUAAUACACCUUUCACUGCUGUAUUAAAAUUUGCUGCUGAAGAAUUUAAAGUAUCUCCAGCAACGUCUGCCAUAAUCACAGAUGAUGGAAUAGGUAUCAAUCCACAACAAACAGCAGGAAACAUUUUUCUUAAACAUGGAUCUGAACUUAGAUUAAUUCCAAGAGAUAGAGUUGGAUAAUUACUUCUUAAAAUAAACAUCUAUAUAUAAAUUAUUUCUUUGUUGCACUUCUCACCAAUAAGUGUAAAAAAGGAACUACUUUUUCAUAUAAAAUUUGUUAUUUACAUAAAUUUAAAUAAAACAUUCCUGAAGUUUUAUAAAUUGUA